AUGGCGGAGAAGAGGAAGUCUCGGCGUAAGCAGGAUGAGGAGAAAGAAACUCCCACGAAAGAAGAAUAUGCCGUGGCCAGGCAUCUCCGUUUUAACAGUCCAGUGAAAGAGGGACGACUAGCAGGCAUCACAGUAACAUGUUUCAUUGGGUGCAAAGCUGUUGAUGUUUUGAUGCAUUCCAAAUGGUCAUCAACUGAAAAUAAAACUAAUCCAUUAUUCACCAAUCGACAGUCAUGUGUCAAUUACUUGGACAGAUUACUAGUGAAGGGUCUGUUCCAUCGAGCUAUUCGAAUAGAAAAAAAGAAAUCGGAAAAGACAAAGCCAAAAAAGAAAAUCAAAGCGGGUAGUGAAGAAGAAACCAACUUGGAAGAAGAGAAGAAAUCUAAAAAAGACAAGAAAAGCAAGAAAGAAAAAGAAAGUGACAGAGAAGGAGAAAAAACAGAUGACACAGAAAAAAAGAAAGAUGAAAAAGAAGAAAAGAAGGAAGAAGAUAAAAAGAAGAAAGAGAAAAAACUCAAACUUGGUAUGCCUGAUGAUCAGCGGUUUAUAGAUGGUGUAUGUUUGGUUUUUGAUCCUGUCCCAUUGAAAACAUUUAUUAUUGGUCUAUUGAUGGUACUUGGUGCCAUUGCUUUGUGCCUGUUCCCAUUGUGGCCAGAGGAAGUCAGAUUAGGAGUUUAUUAUUUGAGUCUCAGUGGUGCUGUCUUCUUAGCGUUCAUUCUUGUCCUUUUUGUAGUUCGUUUGGUUCUGUUUUGUUUAAUCUGGAUGUGUACUCUGGGCAAACACCACUUCUGGUUUCUGCCCAACCUUAACGAGGAUGUUGGCUUCAUAGAUUCAUUCCUGCCACUCUACAAACAUGAAACGUACUCCCCCAAACCAAAAGACAGUGACAGAAAAGGAAAGGGAAGUGACAAAGAUGACAUAGAGGCUACCAAGUCCUCUGGGGCCAACAAUAGCAAUGGUGAGAACCUUUGCUCCAGUGAUUCAAAGGCAAUAACAGAGGUAACAACAGCUGAAGAAAUGGCAAGAACAGGGAUAAAUAUGGAUGAAGAGAAGGCCCAGGGUGAACAGAGUGGUGGGGGUGGCGGCACGGAAAGUGAACCAAGUGAUGACCAAGAAGGAUUUGAACUCGUUGACAAAGAGGACCUUACUGAAGAUGACGACGACGACGAUGAUGAUGAUGAUGAAGAUGAAGAUGAGGCAGAUGAUGAUGAUGGUGAUCGGGGGCAGAGCGAAACGAAGAAGGACAAGUAG